UACUACCGGUACUUAGAAGAAGCCAUGGGUUCAUUACCAUGCAAGGCCAGUUGGCACAACGGUAGCUACAAGUGGAAACAUGCAACCAGCAGACUUCAGUGGCACGACUUGGCCAAAGAUACCGCUGUGCUGGUAUAAGCGUACAAAAUGCACUAUCAGAUUGACUCAUGUUACGAUCCUUGUUUGCAAUCUAGCCUUCAAAUUCGGAAGAAGCGGCUAGCUAGGCUUGGAUGCUUGUAGACUCGGAACACGACUUGUCCGCUCUCUCCAUGCGAAUCGAAUCCUCAUCGUCCAGUUGGUCCUCUCACAAUUUUGACCGUUUCAGCUUGAUCAUUCAAUUCAAUCAUUCGUGCGAGAGAAAAUCUUUUGCGCACCGCCACCAUGAGCACCAAAAAUGAUGGAACGCUCGUCAGGAGAGUCUCCUUUUCCAACCGCGUCUCCUAUUCAGAUGAUGCUUCGACUACAACUGUAACCACUGAUGAUGAGCUGUAUCAAGACGAUGGCUCAUUCACCGACAGCGAAGAUGACAAGUCCUUUUGCGACCACGACUCUGUUGAGUCGGAGACAGAGGCGGUUACUGACGAAGAAGAUGACCUUGAAGAUGACCUUGUAGAGGAUGACAAGACAGAAGAUUACAAAGGCGAAGACAACGACCUUGGAGAGGAAACCGAGAGUGAAGACCAGGAAGAAGAAGAGAAUGAAGAAGAUGACGAUGAUACCAUGAUGGAGGAGACUGUGGAGGUCACCUCCGACGACAAGGCCAACGAAAGCACUGAGUCGGGGACUAAAGUUUCUUCCGAAUUGUGGGACAAAGUCGACGAUGAUGAGCCGCCAUUGGUGAUCCGAGAUGGCUUCUUCCUUCCACAGCGCCCUUCCGACUUUCUUGGUGGCUAUGGAGGUGAGAAUGCCACAUCCUCUGGCCACAAAGUCAAGCUUCGAAAGAGCUGGGUUGCUGACGCAAAGGAUGCCGAAGAGGAGCACGCAAACCCCAUCCCAGUCACCUACAGCCAGUUUGAGGAAUGGAAGAAAUCCCGUGUAACCAACACACCUACUUUCCGAAAGAAGAAGGAGAAUGCCGAGGCAAAGGCUAAUGCAGCCCUUUCUACAGAGGAGGAUCAGAAGGCCACAAGCAAACCCAAGAAAGAGAGCAAGUCAAGCAGCAACGUUGCCGCGGUCGCCAACAAAGCUCCAAGGGAUUCUGAAGUGGCGGACAAAAGGGAACCCACCGCAAAGGGUGCAUCUCCCAAGAGCACCGAGCCCUCGACAAAGGCUGGUAACUCUGACACUGUUGGCAACAAGGAGCGACCCAAAGGCAUCAUAAGCGAGACGGGAGGCAGCGAAAUGUCAUCAAGUGAUGCAGCGGUAAGCAAGUGCGCCGCCGGUGAGCAGACAAAGUCUACGGGGAAGUCACCCAAACCUGCGCUAAAGACAGGUCGUUCGGCCAGAAGCAGCUCCAAAGAGGGAACCAAACCAGCCCCAGUUGUCAAAAAGCCUCCUAAGAAGGACCCCGAAAGUGAAGCGCACGAGAAAGAGAUCGCCCAGUUGAAGGAUCAUGUCACCAAACUACAGAGAAAGUAUGAUGUCAUUGAGGUAAGGACUAUCUCCCAGCUUGCUGAUCUGGAGGAAGAGACAACCAAGAGGAUGCGCGAAUACCGCUCGAAGGCCGACGAUCUUGCCCGCAAAAAGCGUGCCAAGGAGGAGAAGCGAGGUUUGAAGGAGAAGGCCAUGAAGUCGCAGGACCUGAUUGAGCACUUGCGGCGCUCCAAUCAAAAGUUGCGUCGUGAAGGAAUCAAGAUGAAAAAGGAGGUGGAAGAACUAAAGGAGAUGAACCAGCAAUUGGAGGAACAAAACUCGAUCUACGGGGACUACGCUGGGCAGUGUCGGAGCUUUGAAGAGGUGGAGGUAAAGCUUGCUGAAGAACUAAACCAUGCCUUGAACAAAGAAAUGCCCAAGUACGAAAAACUCCUUCGUGGAAUGGAGGAGGGCGUCUCUGAUCGAGCCAAAAGUGGCCAGAGCGAAAGGAAAGCCAAGGAAAUGUACCAGGACUGCAUGCAGUCCAUCCUCGAGAUGCUCGAGAAUGAUUGCACCGACGAUAGCUUGAUCGAUAAGGUCGCCGAUAUUAUCGAAGAGGAGUCCUCCGACGAAGACACCAGGAUGGAUGCAUCCAGUCAGGAUGAGCAGUCGAUUGCAGAGCCAGAGCCCGAGAACGUCAAGCCAGCCCGCCGCAAAAGUUCCAUCAAGUCUGCCUCUCCAACCAAGACAAAGCCUGCUGCUCCUUCAAGCCCCAAGAAGUCUUCCAAGCGUCCAAGUGGUAUCUUAAAGAAUAAGACAAACUCGGAAGAUGAGAAUGCCGCGCCAGGUCCUACAAAGACGACUGUCCGCAGGAGCAGCAGCACUGGUGUAAAGCUCGCGGGACGCCGUGGAAGCAGUGAGAAGACAAAGGCGCGUCCUCGCAGGUCCUCGUCCUCGUCGUUCAGGAGCACUCGCGCACCCAGGAAGACUGCCGCCAAAGUCGUCUCGGACAAUGACGAUUCCAGCAUUUGCUCUGGCACCUCGUUUCAGUCGGAAACCUAUUCCCUGUCUGAGUAUGUCUGAGAAGCCAAAGUUGGUGAAAAGUAGAAAGUAGGUUCAGCGUCAAUUGUCUGCUGCUGCUGAUAUGCUGAUGUGUGUGUAGCCGGGUUGUAUCGAAACCCCGAGGAAAUGAAGGAAUGUAGCCAUAAGAUUAGUAAAAGAGGA